AUGUCUGCUCUGCUGACGCUGUGUGUCGCCCUCCUGCCCCUGGCGACCCCCGGCCGUGGUGCUGGGGGAUGGGAGCCCUGCACAGACCUGCACCCCCUGGAUCUCCUGGCCGAGGCGGUCCCCGCGGACGGCACCACGGGCGGCGUGAGGACGGUGGUGGCUCAAGGCGCGUGGGGAUUCCAGUUCUCGGCCGCCGCGCCCCGCGCCGUCAGCUUUCCCGCGUCGAGGAUCUUCUUCAGAUGCGAUCUCUUCCCCGAAGAAUUCUCCAUCGUGGUAACCUUGAAAGCUCCCAAGCUGCCACCUAAGAAGAACGAGUACGUCCUGGCGGGGCUGGCGCAGGAGGGCCGCGUGGUGCUCGGCCUGCGGCUGGCGCCCGGCAAGCUGCACUUCCUCUUCCCGCGCGCGGACGUGGCGGGGGCCUGGCAGACGCGCGUGACCUUCCGCAGCCCGGCCCUGGAGGACGGCCGCUGGCACACGCUGGUGCUGGCCGUGUCUGCACGCACCUUCUCCCUCACCGUGGACUGCGGCCUCCCCAUGGACAUAACUGCUGACGUGCCCUUCCCCGCCACCCUAUCCAUGAGAGGAGCCCAGUUCUUUGUCGGCAGCCGGAGGAGGAUGAAAGGCCUGUUCACAGGCCUGAUGAGGCAACUGGUUCUGGUGCCAGGCUCAGAUGCUACCCCACAGCUGUGUCCCAGCCAAAACCCCGAGCUGGCCGUGUUGUCCAUCCCCCCGAUCCUGCAGCGUCUCACGGGAAAACCAGAAGACAACGAGGUGCUCAAAUAUCCCUACGAAACGGACCUGAAGGUGACGCUGGGACCCCAGCCCCGGUGCACCAAGCUGGAAGACGGCCAGUUCUGGUUUGACGCCUCCCGGAAGGGGCUGUACCUCUGCAUGGGCAGCCGGUGGAUUCCUGUGUUAGCAGCCAAGGAGAAGCUGGACUACGUGGAGGAGCACCAGCGCCUGGCCACGCACGCCGAGACCCUGGGCAUAGAGCUGUUUGCCAUCCCCGAGGGCGGGCUCUUCGUGGCAACAGCCAACCCGAAAGCCACCUCCGCCGUCUACAGAUGGACCGACGGGAAGUUCCUUCUGUAUCAAAACAUUCCCACGCACCAAGCGCAGUCCUGGAGGCAUUUCACCAUCGGAAGAAAGGUCUUCCUGGCCGUGGCUAACUUCGGAGCGAACGGUGAGGGCCAGGAGUUCUCCGUCAUCUACAAGUGGGGGCGCAGGUCGCGGAGGUUUGCGCCGUACCAGAGGAUCGCCACCCACGGCGCCCGCGACUGGGAGGCCUUCCAGGUGGACGGGGAGCACUUCCUGGUCGUGGCCAACCACCGGGAAGGUGACAACCACAACAUCGGCAGCGUCAUCUACAAGUGGGACCCGCGCACCCGCCUCUUCGAGGCGAACCAGACCAUCGCCACGGCCGGCGCGUACGACUGGGAGUUCUUCACGGCCGGGCCCUUCGCCUUCCUGGCCGUGGCCAACGCCUUCGACGGCACCUCCACGCGGCUGCUCUCCCACCUCUACGUCCGGCUGCGCGGCUCCUUCCGGCUCUUCCAGUCGUUCCCGACAUUCGGCGCUGCCGACUGGGAGGUUUUCCGCAUCGGGGAGAGGCUCUUUCUCGCCGUGGCCAACAGCCACAGCUACGAUGCCGAAGUGCAAGCACAAAACGACUCCUACGUCAUCAACUCCGUCAUCUACGAGCUGAAUGUCACUGCGCAGAUGUUCGUCAAGUUUCAAGACAUCCCCACCUGCAGUGCCCUGGACUGGGAGUUCUUCUCAGUGGGAGAAGAUUCCUUCCUGGUGGUGGCGAAUUCCUUUGAUGGAAAUACCUUCUCGGUGAACAGUAUUAUCUACAGGUGGCAGGGCUACGAAGGCUUCGUGCCCGUGCACAGCCUCCCGACCGUCGGCUGCCGGGACUGGGAGGCCUUCCACACCGCCGCGGGCUCCUACCUCCUGUACUCCAGCGCCAAGGAGCCCCUGUCCAGGGUGCUGAGGCUGAGGACGGGCUGA